AUGGGCAAAGCUAGAUUAGGAAAUUCUAGGAUAAAACCACCAUUUCUAUUAAAGCUGUUGGAUCUACAAGUAGAACUGGUAGCAAGGAUCACUUUCUACUCCAAGUUUCAUCAGAAUUUACAAUCAUCCAUGGAUGGUUUAAGUUGGGAUGCCUCAGAACUUGCAACAAACACACCAAUUCUGUGGAGUACUCUUCAGCAACAAGACUUUGAAGGAGGCUACUCCAUGCCCAACAUAAGUUCAAGUGUUCUUAAUCAACUACAAGAGAUGCAAAAGGCUCCAACAUGUCAUGCAUAUGCAAAUUCUGAACGAGUGAUUUAUCAGUCAGUUGAUGCUACCACUUCAGAGAUGAUUGAUGUGAUGCCAAACACAAAUAUGUCACAGCAUGCAUCAACCAUGGAAGGGAAAUCAGGAGCUGGAGCCAGUUGGAGAGAGGCUUUAACAUCUCAAUCAUGCCCAUCUCUAUCAGUCAAUGGACCUCACAAUAUGAACCUGAUUAGCAACUACAUGCCAGAUUUCAACAUGGCCCACCACCACCACCACCACCACCAACAACAACAACAACAACAACAACUCAUCAAUGGUUCUAAAAAUGGGAAAGGUGCUUUCUCUCCUGAGUCUUUUGAUUGCUUGCUUUCAGAUACAAACAGCAACACAGACACUUCUGUGAAAGAUGAUGGAAUUUCAAUGAUUUUGUCUGACUGUGGAAACUUAUGGAACUUCAGUUAUGGCAGUGCAGCAACUUCCACUGGUGAAUCUGAGAGUAAUGCUUCCAAUGGAAAAAACAAAGACAUGCAGUGUCCAGUUAAUGAACUUGAUGAAACAGUUUCUCAAAGCUCUUCAGAUCAACAUGUCAAUCAAGGAAAAGAAAUAGAAUCAAAGGUUAUUUGUUCAAAGAGGAAUAAUGAUCAAGCUGAAAUGAUCAAAGUUGGUGCCACUGCCAGUGAUUCCUGCUUCAGUAUUGCUAACAAUUCUUCUAUUGAAGGUGGUUUCAAGCUUAUCUCAAAUAAUCCACCAAAAUGCAAGAAACCCAGAUGGGAUAGGAGUUCUUGUUCAUCAAAUAUCAAUUUCCAGCAACCAAAUUCAUCCGUGUCUUGUUCCAUUGAAGAGCCUGAUCCAGAGGCCAUAGCACAAAUGAAGGAAAUGAUAUAUAGGGCUGCAGCAUUUAGGCCUGUGAACUUGGGCUUGGAAGUGGUUGAAAAGCCUAAGAGGAAGAAUGUGAGGAUAUCAACUGAUCCACAAACAGUGGCUGCAAGGCAGAGAAGGGAGAGAAUAAGUGAGAGGAUUAGGGUUUUGCAGAAGCUUGUGCCUGGAGGAAGCAAAAUGGACACUGCAUCCAUGCUUGAUGAGGCUGCAAACUAUCUCAAGUUUCUAAGGUCACAAGUUAAGGCAUUAGAAAGUCUAGGAAACAAAGUUGAUGCAUUGAAUUGUCCUCCUACUAGCAUUGCUUUCUCUUUCAACCCUUCAUUUCCCAUGCAAACACCUCUUAGCCACAUUCAUCAUUCCCAGGGUUGA